CCACCCGCGAAUGGGCGGGGACAGCCCUCCCGGCCGCUGCCGAUGCCUCCAGCCCGGGCCCCCAGUGCGCGCCUUGGCCCGGGUUUCCUAGCGCUUCCGCACCCCGAGGGCAGGAGAAGGAGAGUGGAGCCCAUCGGGAGCCUCUGGUGGGGUCCAUACCCCUACUGACCUCCUGGGAGCAGCCUGGCAGAUCCCCUGUCCUUGCAAAGGACUCUGUCUGGGUCUCAAGAUGCUGAGGAUUGUUCUCUGCGCCGCCGCUAUCCUGGGGUGCAUCUCGGCGCAGGAACCCCAAGGCCACGUGUCCGUCAUCCUCCUGGGAGCCACGGGGGACCUGGCCAAAAAGUACCUUUGGCAGGGGCUGUUCCAGCUGUACUUGGACGAGGCGGGCAAUGGUCACAGCUUCAGUUUCCACGGGGCGGCCCUGACUGCGCCGGAGCAGGCGCAGCAGCUCAUAGCCCAUGCGCUAGAGAAGCUCUCCUGCCCCUCGGAUGUGCCCCCCGAGCGCUGCGCCCAGCUCAAGGGGCAGUUUCUGCGGCUGAACCAGUACCGGCAGCUGCAGACGGCAGAGGACUACGCGACCCUGAACAAGGACAUUGAGGCCCGGCUCCAGCAGGAGGGCCGCCCAGAGUCCGGCAGGAUCUUCUACUUUUCUGUGCCUGCCUUCGCCUACGCAAGCAUCGCCCAGCACAUCAACAGCAGCUGCCGGCCGGGCCCCGGGGCCUGGCUGCGUGUGGUCCUGGAGAAGCCCUUCGGCCAUGACCGCCGAUCGGCCCAGGAGCUCUCCAAGGAGCUCGGGACCUUCUUCCGAGAGGAGGAGAUGUAUCGAGUGGACCACUACCUUGGCAAACAGGCAGUGGCUCAGAUCCUGCCCUUCCGGGACCAGAACCAGAAUGCCCUGGACCGACUCUGGAGCCGGCACCACGUGGACAGGGUGGAGAUUGUGAUGAAGGAGACAGUGGAUGCUGACGGCCGCACCAGCUUUUAUGAAGAGUACGGCGUCAUCCGGGACGUCAUCCAGAACCACCUGACUGAGAUCCUGACCUACGUGGCCAUGGAGCUGCCCCGGAACCUCAGCGACCCUGAGGAGCUGCUUCGGUGCAAGCUGCAGACCUUCCGGGCCCUGCGGAGCCCGGGGAAAGGGAGCGCCGUCCUGGGCCAGUACCAGGCAUACAGCGGACAGGUCCAGAAGGAGCUGCAGAAGCCCGCCGGCUUCAUGAGCCUGACGCCCACCUUUGCAGGCGUCCUCCUUCAGCUCGACAGCCUGCGCUGGGAGGGCGUCCCCUUCAUCCUGAUGUCCGGUAAGGCCCUGGAUGAGAGGGUGGGCUACGUCCGGAUCGUGUUUAAAAACCGGGCGUACUGCACCCAGAGCGAGAGCAGCCGGGACCCUGGGAAGAGCCGGUGCCAGCCCAGACAGAUCAUCUUCUAUAUCGGGCACGGGGCGCUGGGCAGCCCCGCAGUGCUGGUCAGCAGGAAUCUGUUUAAGCCCUCGCUGCCCGCCGGGAGCUGGCGGGAGCUGGAGGAAAUGCCCGGGCUCCACCUCUUCGGCCAGCAGCUGGCCGAUUUUCAUGCCUACCGCCCCUGGCAGGAGAGGGACGCCUACUCGGUUCUGAUCUCCCACAUCUUCCACCGGCGGAAGGAUUCUUUCAUCACGACGGAGAACCUGCUGGCCUCCUGGGACGUGUGGACCCCGCUGCUGGACAGCAUCGCCCAGGAGGUGCCCCGGCUGUACCCCGGGGGGGCCGCCAACGAGCACCUGCUGGAUUUCGAGCAGGAGGGCAGCCAGGUGGUCUUCGUGCAGCGCGAGGCAGAGCAGCUGGUGUCCGGCCCCGGCUCCGGCCCGAUGCCGAGAGACUUCAGCAUCCUCAGGGCCAAGUUCCGAGAGAGCCCUCUGGUCUCGGCGUGGCCCGAGGAGCUGAUCGCCCGGCUGGGGUCCGACAUCGAGGCGGUGGCCGAGCGGGCCGUGAGACGCUCCGGGGAGUUCCACCUGGCCCUUUCGGGGGGUGCCAGCCCCGUGGCCCUCUUCCAGAGGCUGGCCACGAGGCACUACAGCUUCCCAUGGGGCCACACCCACCUGUGGUUGGUGGAUGAGCGCUGUGUCCCACUGACCGACCCCGAAUCCAACUUCCAGGGCCUGCACAUCCACCUGCUGCAGCACAUCCGCGUGCCUUACUGCAACAUCCACCCCAUGCCCGUCCACUUGCACCAGAGGCUGUGCGUGGAGGAGGACCAGGGUGCGGAGCUCUACGCUAAGGACAUAGCGGCCCUGGUCACCAACAGCAGCUUUGACCUGGUGCUCCUGGGCAUGGGGACCGACGGACACACCGCCUCGCUCUUCCCUCACUCACCCAGCGGCCUGGAAGGGGACAAGCUGGUGGUGCUCACUGAGAGCCCCGCCAAGCCGCACCAGCGCAUGAGCCUCAGCCUCCCCCUCAUCAACCGCGCCAAGAAGGUGGCCGUCCUGGUGAUGGGCAAAAGGAAGAAGGACAUCGCCCUCCUGGUGAGCCGCGUGGGCCGAGAGCCCAAGAAGUGGCCCAUCUCUGGAGUCCUCCCUACUUCUGGCCAGCUCGUCUGGUACAUGGACUAUGAUGCCUUUCUGGGCUGAUGGUGCUCUGUCCUGUCCUCCCUGCUCACCAAAGAACUCGGUGACCAAGGGCUAUACAUUCCAACAGCCCCCAGUAGAGUGGGGAGAGGAGCGGGUGAUAGCUAUGAAUUGGACAAGAUGAGGAGCUGUCCAAAAGACGGCUGGAUUUGAAAUCAGAAGAACCGAGUUCAAAUCCUGCCACUGAUAUGCUGCAUGGCCUUGGGCAAGUCACUAGAUUUCUCUGGGCCUGCGUUCCCUCAUCUGUGAAAUGAGAGUUGGGGUUGGAGUGAAUGAUCUCUCAGGUCCCCACAGCUCUAAAUCUAUGGUGUGUAACUACUGUGGUCCCUUCCAACUCUGAGAUUCUGUCAUACUUCUGUGAUUCAAAGGGUUAAUUCAAUGACUGAGAUGAACAGGAGACCACCCAGAACUUCUAGGGCCCAGAGAUGGAAGAAAUAGUCCAUUUCCUUUAUCUGCCUUUUCUCCUGUUUGGAGAGAGAAGAUGCCUUCUGUGAAACUGCCACAUCUAGAAGUGCCACGAUAAUGUGCCAGCUGAGCCAGCAGGACGCCCAGGAUGCUGGUGACUAGAGCGGGGUGGGGCUAAUCUGGGAGGGCUUCCUGGAGGAGGUGAGCUAUUGACACUGGCCCUGGGAAAACUGACUGGUCGAGGGGAGGAUGCUGGGACCGAGAAAUGGUGUGGAUCAGAGUUUCAUCUGGAAUCCAGAAACGAGCUCUUUGUUGGGUGGGAACGGGGCAGUUGAGCCAGUCACCCUUGGCUAGAAUAGAAUCUUGCGGUGAAAUACUGAAACAGCUAUGGAGAAAGCUGGGGGUGGGGGGUGGGCCCGGUGGUUAGCCUGACAAUGAUACCUCAUGUUUCCACAGACCUUUCAGGUCUCCAAGGUACUUUUCAGGCGUGUAAAGCCUCUGAUUCUUACAGAAACCCUGUGAAGGAAGUGCUGUUGUGAUUAUCCCCAUCUUAUACACAAGGAAACUGAGGCCCCAGGCAGGCCAAGGUACUCUCUCAGAGUCGCUCCUCUGGUGAGUGUCUCAAGCCGCUUUUGAGCCCAAGCCAUCCUAGCUCCAAGUCCAGGUAGAUCAGCCUUCACGCCAUGGCCAGGAGGACGGAACGCCAGGUCCAGAAAAUGGAAACUGAUGCCCCAGCCCCACCUCCCCAGCAGCUCCGCUCUGCCAGCCAGGGGCUCUUGGCCUGGGAGGUCUCUCUUGUCCGGAAGGAGCAGCCACAUCCCUGCCCUUCCUGGAUCACCUGGACCAGGGCAAGGCCGUGGGACCAGCAGCCGGGCACCUUCCUUCAUCAGCCCUGCGGGAUCACCUUCGGACGUGCGUCCUCCUGGGCAGUAUUUCACUUGCGGGGGGGAAGAAAGGUCCAGGAUACUUAGAACAACAGACCAGGGAUUCUGGGCCAUGGCUUCAUGAAAUCUCAGGGUCGUCUCUGGUCAUCUCCGAGGGAGUCUAAAACAAAAUCAUUUUUUAAUUCUCUUUCCUUCACAUGGUAUCUAUCGAAUGUCAGUCAGCAAGGAUAGACAUAUAUGUAUGUAUAUGUGUGUGUGUGUGUGUGUGGAGAGAGAGAGAGAGAGAGGAAAAACAAUAUAUUAUAUGGACACAUACACAAAAUGAAUUGUAGUGAAAAAGUGGUAUGGUUUUGUUAGCCAUUUCAUCUGAAUGUGUUAUACACAUGUGUACACAUGCACAGUCUAUGCGCAUACACAUAAACAUACAUACACAUACACGUGUAUAGACAGUUAUACACAGAUUUAUCUGUGUGUAUAUAUAUAUACACCUGUGCAUAUAGAGAUGCGUGUAUCUCAAUCUAGAGGUACAUCUAUGUAUCUAUAUCUUUAUAGAUACGUAUAUGCAUAUUGAGAGAUAGAUGUAUCUAUGCAUAUAUAUGUAUAUACAAAUGUACAUAUAUAGGUGGGUAGAGAUACACACAUGUAUCUCAGUAAACAUCCAUUUAGAAUUUCCUUCUGAGCAUUGCAACACCAAAGAAUCUUUGGAAUAAAUACCUUGGGGAGAGAAUCCAGGUGUUUGUAUGCGCACACACACGUGUGUGUGUAUAUAUAUAUAUAUAUAUGCAUAUAUGUAUAUGUGUGUGUGUGUAUCCCUUUCUGAGAGGGGCAAGGGAGCCCUGGGAAUGAUGUCACAGUCAAAUUCAGGAGCUAAUACUGUUUACACAUAGACCUUGAUAAGGGCAUCAAGAGUUGGCUGAGCUGGGUACCCUGGUGCAAUAGAUAGGUUCCCCUUUUUGGAAAUUCCCAUCCACCCUUCCCCAGUGGCAGUGGACCCAAGGAGGGCAGACUUGUAAUAGGACCUCAGUUUCCAAGUUUGCUCCUUCUUCCCAUUCCCCACUAUGCUUUCCAGUUUCCGCUGUGAUGCAGAGGACCCGAUAAUCUCAAAGCUUCUUUCCAAUCCUGAUGUUGUAGGAUGCAGACACACACCCUCACACCUAGAAGUCCGUCUGCUCCAGCCCCAUGCCUGAACAGAAAGAUCCUCUGUAGCGCCCCUAACCAGUGGGGUGGCCCAUCCUUGGUUUGACCCCCUUCUCUCCAUUCAUUCCACUUUGAGACAGACCUAAAUAGGAAUUUUUUUUCUAAUGUCAAGUCCUUUAAGUGGCCACUUGGUGGCACUGGUGCACCAUAACUUAUUUCCAGAUUUCCUAGCAGGAAUCAAAUUUCAGUGAGUGUGGUUCACAUGCUCCCAAGCAGCACAGGUGGUCGCAUUUCCAGAGACCACCCAUUUGGGGUCGGAAGGGACCUCAGAGGUCGUUGGGUCCAAUCCCCUCAUUUUUCAGAUCAGGAAACUGAGGUCAAGAAGGUGAUGCCACUCGCCCAAGUUCACCCAUGCAGUAAAUGGUCCAGAUGGGAUCUGAACCCAGGUCCCCCAGCCCCAAAUCCACAGUUCUUUCCUCCAGUGCCGAUUUUUCUUUCUCCGCCCAUUGAAGCCGGGUCACUCAGCUCCCUUGGCUUGGAGCAGGUUCCUUUCUGAGCAUUGCAACACCAGAGAAGCUUUGAAAUGCCUGGGAGAGAGAGCCCUGGCUCAGGGGGAGCUCCCUGUGGAUGUCAGCUUGUCAAAGGGCUUGUGAGUUACUGUGAAUGGAGCCUGGCCUUACACUGCCCCGGUCUCAUUCAGCCAAUAGAAUUUCUUGUCACAAGACACCAGCUCAUUGUCCUACUUGUCAGAGGUUAUCUAUGUUUGUGGGGGGAGGAGGGAAUGAAAAAAACAAAACAAAAUAAAACCAAAAAACCUCUACGUGCCUCUUUGCUGGAGCUGAGCAGCUUUAGAAAUCCAAGCAGGAACCUCUUUGGAGGAAGCUGUUUUCCCUGUGCCUCAGUUUUCUCAUCUGUAAAAAUGAGGGAGCUGGAUUUGGAAUGGGAACAACUGCCUUUCCUUUUUAUUAAUCGCAUCUCCAGUGCUUAGCGUAGUGCUUGGCACACAGUAGGUGCUUAAUAAAUGUUUAUUGGGUUGGAUUCAAAUUGUACACAUUUCCUUAAGCAGUAAGGUCAAGAGGCCUGGGGUUCAGAUUAAGCUUGUGUGACCUUGAGUAAGUCAGCCCAAUCUCUCUCUGGGACCCAGUGAAAUGAGGGAGAGUUUUAUAGAUGAUUGGAUAGUGGGUAGAACCCCCUCAUUUUACAGAUGAAACUGAAUCCCAGAGAGAGGUUGGGUGACUUGCUCAAGGUCGCACGGGUAGAUUCGAACCCAGGGCCUCCAACUCCAAAUGCUUUUUCCACUGUAUAUAACACUGUUUCUUCUGGCCUCUCUUGGUAGAGGGAGUUUCUUCACUAAGACCCCUAUUCCCUUUAAUGAAAUCACAGAUCUAGAGCCAAAAAAAAGACAAGUGAAAGAGAAGGGACUGGAUUAGAUUGUCUUUGAGGUCCCUUUCUGCCUGAAAUCCUACGUUUUAUUAGGGUUUUUUGUUUUGUUUUGUUUUUAAUUAGUUUUCACAUAGACCCAUCUCUCCCCUUUUCCUUUCUUACUCCUGAAUUAUGCAAUCCAAACCUUCCAGCCCUGUACCAGAACCAUGACUAGGGAUUCUUGUGACUGCGGCAGGUCUAGCUGAGGAGUGCAGGAGUGUCAUUUAAUAGUGACAGGACCCUCAGCCCAGUGGCCUGGGGACAUUUGUGUGGCCUACCCCUGUAGGCUCUGCAGGCCUAGGGAUGGAUGACAGUCACUUGAAGAGGGCGAGACAGUGGGAAAAGCCAACCAAAGCUUAUUCCGUACUGACAGGGCACCUGGACCAUCAUGAUGCAAGGCACUUUAGUGUUUGAUGCCCUUCCCUCUCCCAUGAAGCACUGGAGGUUUUCACCAGACAAGACCUGAGUUCAGAUCUCUAAUUCUGCCUCUGAUACUUAAUAGCAGUGUCUGUGAGGGCGACCAAAUUACUUCUCUGGGCCUUGCUUUUAAAUAAUUGUUUUAAUUUUUAAAAUAUUUAAUAUUUUAAAAAUUUAUAUUUUAAAUCUAUUAAAUUUAGGGAUCUGGCUUGGUGAUCUUCAAGGCCUCUUCCAGUUUUUUGUUUGUUUGUUUGUUUGUUUUUUGGCGGGGCAAUGGGGGUUAAGUGACUUGCCUGGGGUCACACAGCUAGUAAGUGUCAAGUGUCUGAGGCCGGAUUUGAACUCAGGUACUCCUGAAUCCAGGGCCGGUGCUUUAUCCACUGUGCCACCUAGCCGCCCCCUUCUUCCAGUUUUAAAUCUGUAAUGAGGAGCUUCUACCUGGCUCAGUCCUUGCCAGGGAAACCUGAGAUCUCAGCAGAUUUACUCUCUCCUAACCUGGUUUCUUGACCUCAGCAAAUUGCUUCCACCCACCCAUCCACCCACCCUACCCCUGUGAAGGAGAGAAGGGAGGCAUCCUGGGGCCAGUGGAGAGAGAAGUCAGACAGCCCACGUGUGUGACUUUGGGAAAGUCACUUAAAGUCUCUUGACUCAGUUUCCUUCUCUGUUAAAAGAAAAAUGGGGGGGUGGGGGUGGACUAGAUGACCUCUAAGGUCCCUGCUAGUUCUAAAUGUCAAUCUUUCCAGUAGAGUGUAAUCUCCUUGAGGGCAAGGCUUGUAUCUUUCUGGUCUUUGUCCCUGCCCCACCCUCCCCCAACCUGGGGUUGGACUCUGCCCAAAUCUAUGUUCUAUCAGAAAACUAAGGGAGAAUUGUUUCCACCUCCCAAGCUGGGUGAAGUGAUGAGCAUUUCUAAGACUGUUGGGAUGGAGGGCAGAGCCAGAUUGCUGUUUACUGCUAUGUGGCAAGAACCAGAGGGACUUUCCGGGCUGGUGCAAGCCUAAUUCUGAUUUGGGGUUUGGAGCCAGAUGGAGGUAGAUGUGGUAAGACUCUUCAGAACUCAGCCUUUAGGGGGGUGGGGGGGGUUCUUUUUGGUCUUUGAGUCCCCUGUGCUCGGUAUUUAAUAAAUGCUUGUUGAUUGACUGAUUGAUGGACUCCUAGUGUCUGGGGAAGCAGUCAGUUAACUACCAUUUAUCAAGAACCUACUGUAUGUCAAGCAUUGUGCUAAGUGAUGGAUUUCUUUAUUCUUUUUGUGUGUGUGUGUGAGGCAGUUGGGGUUAAGUGACUUGCCCAGAGUCACACAGCUAGUAGGUGUUAAGUGUCUGAGGCUGGAUUUGAACUCAGGUACUCCUGACUCCAGGGCCGGUGCUCUGUCCACUGCACCACCUAGCUGCCCCUAAGUGAUGGAUUUCUAAAGAAAGGGACAACCAUUCCCUGCCCUUAAGGAGGAGCCCUUGAAUGGUCCAAUGGGGGAGACAACUAGCAAACAGGAUCAAUGGGAAAUAAUCAGAGGGGAGGCACUAGAAUUAAGGAGGGUUGGGGAAGGCUUCUUGUAGAAGGUGGGGUUUGGGCUGUAGAUGACCUUUCGCUUAGCUUUCUGCUCUAAAUCUGUGACCCUACGUGAGCUGAAACCAAGCCAGUGGACAAAUAUAAAAAAUGGAACAUGAUUGCAUUAUGGUACCACUCCCUUAAGGUGGGUAACCCAUUGGAAUGGGGUCAGCCAGGUACAUGAUGGAAGUUUUGCCUCUGUGAUUUUCCCCGCACAGUGUCUAGCACAUGGUUAACUCCUUAAUAAAUGCUUGAUGCCUGA